AUGCUGAGCAAGCUGCGCGAGCUCAUAUCCCCGCCGCCGCGACCAAACGACGGCUACGCGCCCGUGUCGACCGGCGCUGAUGCCGAAGACGACGACGCCGGCCUCAGCGCCAGCAUCGACCAGCUGCUCGCCACGGACGAUAAGCACAGCCGGACCAUCUACUGGGCGUUCGCUGCGCUCGGCGCUGGCGUGCUCCUCAGCUGGAACGCACUGAUAUGCACUUACCCCUUCCUCACGGCGCUGUUCCCCCCCGGGUCGACGCGCAACAACCUCCCGAGCUACAUCGGUACGAUCUACUGCUCGGCCAACCUGUUCUUCUUGGGCUUGGCCCAGCGCAACGUUGCGAGCUCUCCCCCCGAGCCCCGUCUCCGCUGGUCCCUUCUCCUCAUGCUCGGCACGACGCUGCUCCUCGCCUUCCCCAUCCUGCCCCUGGUCCUCCCGGCGCUCUCGGCCGCCAACUCGCUCCUCCUCUUCCCCCUCAUUCUCGUCAUCACCCUCAUUCUCUCCGUCGCGUGCUCGUACCUCCAGUCGGCGGUGUUCGCGCUCUCAGCCCUGUGGGGCUCGGGCGAGAUCUUCGCCGUGAUGUCGGGCCAGGGUGCGAUUGCUGUCAUCGUGUCCGCUGUGCAGUUCGUGCUCGCCGUUGCGAGCAGCGGGCGGGACACGGACGGCUCGCACUCGACCCUCGCGGCCGUCGGGCUCUGGGGACUCGGCGCGCUCGGCACCCUCGGAUGCCUGUACGCCCUGCGCGUGCUCGUUCUGCAUCCUGCGUACGCGUCGGUGCUCGCCCCGCUCGCCCACCGGCGGCAGGAGGGCACGGCGAGUGGCACCAAGGGAAACCAGGUCAUGUGGCGCGUCUUCCGAAAGAACACGCGGAUCGAGUUUGCCGUGGCGUUUGUGUUUAUCGUGACACUGGUGAGGUUUGGUGACCACGCGAACCUGACGCAACUCACACCGCAGGCAAUCUUCCCGCCCAUCACCACGACGAUUCUGUCGGCCUCUGACUCGCCUAGGGCCCUGUCGCCGUCGGUGUUUAUCUCUCUUCACUUCCUCAUCUUCAAUCUGGCCGACUAUGCCGGACGAACGUUUAUCCCGUCCCUGCCCUUCGCGAGCAACCUCGCGACGCCGACCAUUGUCGGGCUGUCCGUCUCGCGCGUCAUCUUCUUCCCUCUGUUCUUGCUGUGCAACACGCCGGGCCGCGCAGCCGCGCACAAGUCGGUGUUCCCUGACAGCGUGUACUUUAUCAUUCUCUUCGCCUUUGGCCUGACCAAUGGCGCAAUCUCCACCAUCUGCAUGAUCACGGCCUCGUCGCCGCAGCUCAACCCUGCCAUUACUGAUGACGAGAAGGACCUGGCUGGCACGCUCGCCGGCUUCUCCCUCGUCUCUGGCCUCUUCAUUGGCAGUCUGUGCUCCUUUGGGGUGAACUACAUUAUCAACGGCAACCCCUUUGGGGGAUAG